AUGACAAUUGACCCUGGUGCUCCGCCGCCGGGAUACAACCCACCCCUGGGCUACGUUCAUAAGACGGAAUUCGAGGCACUACAAGAUAAGGCAAGAAAAUGGCAGAAGUUGAACACCAGAAGGUUCAUGAAGAUGUCACACGCUACGUUGGCUACGCAUACGGCCCCAAUGCCACCUGAACACCUGCGCAAGGUCUUUCGUGAGCACGGUGACAUGAGCAGUCGGAAGUAUCGCUACGAUAAGCGUGUUUAUUUGGGUGCACUGAAGUACGUCCCGCACGCUGUAUACAAAUUGUUGGAGAAUAUGCCGAUGCCGUGGGAGCAGGUCCGUCAUGUUCGUACGCUGUACCACAUUACGGGUGCGAUAACAUUCGUAGAUGAAAUCCCGUGGGUUGUGGAUCCAAUAUUCCUGGCGCAAUGGGGAACUAUGUGGAUAAUGAUGCGUCGUGAAAAGCGGGACAGGCGUCAUUUCAAGCGCAUGAGAUUUCCUCCUUUCGACGAUGAGGAACCUCCCAUCGAUUACAGUGAAAACAUCCUCGAUGUGGAACCAUUAGAGGCCAUUCAGAUGCAGCUCGAUGCUGAAGAGGAUUCUGCAGUUAUGGACUGGUUCUACGAUUCCAAGCCGCUACUCUACGAGUCAAAACGGAUCAAUGGGCCAAGUUACCGCCGGUGGUUUCUGACUUUAGAACAAAUGGGAGUGCUGUAUCGGUUGGCAAGCCAGCUGUUUUCCGACAUACAAGAUGAAAACUACUUUUACCUAUUUAAUUUGAAGGCAUUUUACACUGCUAAGGCACUGAGCACGGCGAUACCUGGUGGACCAAAGUUCGAGCCGCUUUUCCGUGACACGCACGAGGACGAGGACUGGAACGAAUUUAACGACGUUUCUAAAAUUAUCAUUCGUCAGCAAAUUCGUACCGAAUACAAGAUCGCAUUUCCCUAUCUGUACUGCAGUCGGCCACGAAAGGUUGCACUCAUACCGUACCAUACUAAAUUAUGCUCAUACGUCAAGCAAGAAGACCCGGAUUUACCCGUGUUUUACUAUGAUCCUAUCAUAAACCCGAUUCCCGCUUAUUCCAUAAAGGAAGUUACGCGAAUAGAGGAUUACAGUGAGGACUGCGGCGGUGAUUUUACUACCAAUUAUUGCCACGUACCUACCUCAUUUGCGAAUGCCAACGAUAUGGGAACCUUACGUGAUGGAAUGACACCUAAUCAGUGUACAGGAUUAGAUCAUGGGCUACAGGUGUGCAAGAGUGGUUUUCAAAAGGGUCGUGUACCACUACUGGCUACGGUUCCAUUGGAGACGGAUAACACUUCUAAUGGUAUUGCGCUUUGCUGGGCACCACACCCAUUUAACAAACGCUCCGGACGAUGUCGGAGGGCCAUAGACCUGCCUAUUGUGCAAUCGUGGUUCCGCGAGCAUGUACCGGCGUCGCACCCAGUGAAGGUUCGCGUGUCGUAUCAAAAGUUGCUUAAGGGCUGGGUACUUAGCAAUUUGCACUCCAACAGACCCAAGAGCAUGAAGAAAAGGAAGUUGUUCAAAGUGUUCAGAGCUACUAAGUUCUUUCAGACGACGGAGCUUGAUUGGGUAGAGGCCGGGCUACAGGUAUGCCGUCAGGGUUAUAAUAUGCUAAACUUGUUGAUACAUCGGAAAAAUUUGACGUAUUUGCACCUUGACUAUAACUUCAACUUGAAACCUGUUAAAACCCUAACCACAAAGGAGCGCAAGAAGUCGCGUUUUGGUAACGCUUUCCAUCUAUGCCGAGAAAUUUUGAGGUUGACUAAGCUUGUAGUUGAUUCACAUGUACAAUAUCGUCUGGGAAAUGUGGAUGCUUACCAACUUGCUGACGGUUUACAGUACAUAUUUGCCCACGUAGGUCAGCUUACGGGUAUGUAUCGCUACAAAUAUCGCCUGAUGCGUCAGGUCCGCAUGUGCAAAGACCUAAAACACCUGAUUUAUUACAGGUUUAACACUGGCUCAGUUGGAAAGGGACCGGGUUGUGGAUUCUGGGUCUGUGGCUGGCGUGUUUGGUGUUUUUUUUUACGUGGAAUCAUGCCGCUGCUCGAGCGUUGGCUCGGCAACCUACUGGCGCGCCAGUUUGAGGGCAGAGUAUCUAAAGGAGUAGCUAAAACAGUUACCAAGCAACGUGUAGAAUCGCAUUUCGACCUUGAGUUGCGUGCUGCUGUGAUGCACGAUAUCCUCGAUAUGAUGCCGGAGGGUAUCCGGGCUAACAAGGCACGAACAAUACUGCAACAUUUGAGUGAAGCGUGGAGGUGUUGGAAGGCCAACAUACCGUGGAAGGUUCCAGAUAUGCCCGCUGCCAUAGAGAAUAUGAUUUUGCGAUAUGUUAAAAUGAAGGCAGACUGGUGGACCAAUGCGUCGUACUACAAUCGUGAACGCAUCAAGAGGGGAGCAACCGUUGAUAAAACAGUUUGCAAGAAGAAUCUUGGACGUUUAACUCGUCUGUGGUUGAAGUCUGAGCAGGAGCGUCAGCAUGGAUACCUAAAGGAUGGUCCGUACAUUACAGGUGAAGAAGCAGUGGCGAUUUACACCACAGCUGUUCAUUGGUUGGAAUCACGCAAGUUUUCGCACAUCCCAUUCCCACCUUUAAACUACAAACACGACACGAAAUUGCUAAUUUUAGCACUAGAGCGCCUAAAGGAGCCGUAUUCUACAAAGGGCAGACUGAAUCAAAACCAACGUGAGGAAUUGGGUCUUAUAGAGCAAGCGUAUGACAAUCCUCAUGAAGCAUUGAGUCGUAUAAAAAGGCACUUGCUCACACAGCGUGCUUUUAAGGAGGUCUCCAUAGAGUUCAUGGAUCUGUAUAGUCAGUUAAUUCCGGUAUAUGACAUAGAUCCAUUGGAAAAGAUAACUGACGCUUAUUUGAGUCAGUAUUUAUGGUACGAGGGCAAUGCACGCGGAUUGUUUCCCAAUUGGAUCAAACCGGCUGACAGCGAGCCUCCACCGCUGUUGGUUUACAAGUUUUGCCACGGAAUAAACAAUCUUACUGAUGUUUGGAAUUAUCAUGAGCAGCAUUUGGUACUUUUGCAGAGUAAAUUUGACCGUGUUUAUGAGAAGAUGGAUCUUACCCUACUAAAUCGGUUACUGCGGCUUAUUGUAGAUCAUAACGUUGCCGACUAUAUCACUGCGAAAAACAACGUGAGCAUAUGCUUCAAGGACAUGAGCCACAUCAAUAGUUUUGGAUUUAUUAGGGGUUUACAAUUUGGAAGUUUCGUCUUUCAAUACUACGGGUUGAUUCUAGACCUUCUGCUUUUGGGGCUGACUCGUGCCACGGAACUGGCUGGUCCUACUUCUAUGCCAAAUGACUUUCUUUGCUUUACAGACACAGAAACAGAGACACUGCACCCCAUUAGACUAUAUUGCCGUUAUAUUGACAAAAUAUUUGUUUUGUUCAAGUUCACUAGCAAUGAGACACGUGACCUCGUACAGCGGUACCUGACUGAGAACCCCGAUCCAAACAACGAAAACGUGGUGGGCUACAACAACAAAUCGUGCUGGCCUAAAGACAGUCGAAUGCGCCUAAUGAAGCACGAUGUCAAUCUUGGCAGGGCUACGUUUUGGGAGAUGCAGGCACGGUUACCCAGAUCUGUUACCACGCUGGAAUGGAAUGAUUCAUUUGUGUCCGUAUAUGGAAAAGACAAUCCAAACCUCUUAUUCAAUAUGUGUGGGUUUGAGGUUCGCAUACUUCCCAAAGUACGGUGGUUGAAAGGUGGUGUUUCACAUGCUGAGGCCUGUUGGAAAUUGCAGAAUGAGCGAACCAAGGAAUUGUCAGCUACCGCUUAUUUACGAGUUGACGCAGAUGGAAUGAGCGCCUUUGAAAACCGUAUUCGGCAGAUUCUUAUGGCAAGUGGUAGUACCACGUUUACCAAAAUAGCCAACAAGUGGAAUACAGCUUUGAUUGGUAUGAUGACAUAUUAUAGGGAAGCAGUGAUCCACACUAAUGAACUUCUGGAUCUUUUGGUGAAAUGUGAGAACAAGAUACAGACCCGUAUUAAAAUAGGUUUGAAUUCUAAAAUGCCUUCCCGUUUUCCUCCGGUGGUUUUCUAUACCCCAAAGGAACUAGGGGGUUUGGGUAUGCUUUCGAUGGGACACAUUUUGAUACCUCAGUCAGAUUUGAAAUAUAGUAAACAGACAGAAACAGGCAUAACUCAUUUCCGCAGUGGUAUGUCACACGAAGAAGACCAAUUGAUUCCUAAUCUGUAUCGCUACAUACAAACAUGGGAAAGCGAGUUCAUUGAAAGUCAAAGGGUCUGGGCUGAGUAUGCUUUAAAACGUCAGGAGGCCCAGGCACAAAAUCGCCGUUUAACUAUUGAGGACCUUGAAGAUUCUUUUGACCGUGGCGUACCUCGCAUUAAUACACUAUUCCAGAAAGACAGGCAUACGCUGGCGUACGACAAAGGCUGGAGAGUACAACAAGAUUUUAAACAAUAUCAGAUAUUAAAGGCGAACCCAUUUUGGUGGACUCACCAAAAACACGACGGAAAAUUGUGGAAUUUGAACAAUUAUCGGACUGACAUGAUUCAGGCGUUGGGAGGUGUAGAAGGUAUCUUGGAACACACACUUUUCAAGGGCACAUAUUUCGCAACAUGGGAAGGUCUUUUUUGGGAGAAAGCGUCUGGUUUCGAGGAAUCAAUGAAAUACAAACGGUUGACCAAUGCGCAAAGGAGCGGUUUGAACCAAAUUCCAAAUCGUAGGUUUACGCUUUGGUGGUCACCCACCAUCAAUCGUGCAAAUGUCUAUGUGGGCUUCCAGGUACAACUAGACCUCACUGGCAUCUUCAUGCAUGGUAAGAUACCUACUCUGAAGAUUUCGUUGAUUCAAAUUUUCCGAGCCCACUUGUGGCAAAAAAUUCAUGAAUCCUUGGUGAUGGACCUAUGUCAGGUGAUGGAUCUGGAGCUCGACAAUUUAGAAAUAGAGACAGUGCAGAAGGAGACCAUACAUCCACGUAAAUCAUACAAGAUGAACAGCAGUUGCGCAGACAUAUUACUGUUUGCUGCUUACAAAUGGCACGUGGGUAAGCCAAGUCUAUUGACAGAUGCAGAUAGCGGGGAUGCAACUACGUCAACCAGCAAAUUUUGGAUAGACGUACAACUUCGAUGGGGUGACUAUGACAGCCAUGAUAUUGAGAGAUAUUGCCGUGCAAAAUUCUUGGAUUACACAACGGACAGCAUGUCGAUAUAUCCGUGCCCUACAGGUUGUCUAAUUGGAGUGGAUCUGGCGUACAAUAUGCACAGUGGAUUUGGAUAUUGGUUCCCAGGAAUGAAGACCCUAUGUUGCCGUGCGAUGAACAAGAUAAUGAAGGCGAACCCUGCAAUGUUCGUUUUGCGCGAGCGCAUACGCAAGGGUUUACAGCUCUAUUCAAGUGAACCGGCGGAACCAUAUUUAUCGUCUCAGAAUUUCGGUGAACUAUUCGGUUCACAAACAAUUUGGUUUGUUGAUGAUACCAACGUAUACAGAGUAACCAUACACAAAACGUUUGAGGGAAAUUUGACUACUAAACCGGUUAAUGGUGCCAUUUUCGUUUUCAAUCCUAAAACAGGUCAACUGUUUUUGAAGAUUAUUCACACAUCGGUUUGGGCAGGUCAGAAGCGUUUGAGCCAGCUGGCGAAGUGGAAAACGGCAGAGGAGGUUGCGGCGCUGAUCCGUUCCUUACCUGUCGAAGAACAACCCAAACAAAUCAUAGUAACGAGGAAAGGUAUGCUUGAUCCUCUAGAGGUGCAUUUACUCGAUUUCCCUAAUAUAGUAAUCAAAGGCAGUGAAUUACAGCUUCCUUACCAAUCGAUAAUGAAGCUUGAAAAGUUUGGAGACAUGAUUUUGCGUGCCACUCAGCCGGAGAUGGUACUCUUUAACUUGUACGAUGACUGGCUUAAAAGCAUCAGCAGUUACACGGCAUUCAGUCGUUUAAUACUCAUACUAAGGGCGAUGCACGUCAACUGUGACCGUACAAAGGUUUUGUUGAAGCCCACGAAGACUACGGUGACGCUACCACACCAUGUAUGGCCAAGUCUGACCGAUAGCGAGUGGAUAAAUUGCGAAGUCGCCCUCAAAGAUCUAAUUCUCGCUGAUUAUGCGAAACGAAAUGGCGUGAAUGCUACUAGUUUAACACAAAGCGAAAUCCGUGACAUUAUCUUGGGGAUGGAGAUUGCCCCUCCGGAUUUGCAACGUCAGGAACUUGAAGAAAACCGUAAUGAUACAGCUGCCAAGACAGUAACUACUCGUUCGGUGAAUGUUCAUGGCGACGAAAUCAUUGUGACAACCCAAAGUCCUCACGAACAGAAGGUUUUUGCCAGCAAAACUGACUGGCGCAAUCGUUGCCUGGCUGCUGGUUUGCUGCACCGCCGCCUUGAGGGUUUGUCAGUUGAAAGCGUUGACUCGGACGACACAGUUGUAAUUCCACUAAAUCUUAUCCGAAAGUUGGUGGUAGUUUCUGACUUGCGCACGACUGUUGCGGUAUAUAUCUAUGGAAAGAUUACAAAUGUGGAUGGAGAAGCAGACGAUAACCGUAGUAGCAAUCUGGCUGGCGGUCAUUCGAUUGUGAGGGAGGUGGCAUGUAUGGUAUUUGUACCUCAGACAGGCAACUCGUUCACAGCGGAGUUGCCAAAGCAAGCACCUCAGCAUGAGGCUCUGGAUGGCCUGGAACCUUUGGGUUGGUUGAUUACACGACCAACUGACGGACCUUUAUCUCCAGAAGCUCUGGAGACACACAAGCGUCUACAGAACGACUUUAGUUGGGAUGUUGCGGCAGUUUUAACUGCUUGCACUUUCGUAAGGGGUAGUUGUGCGUUUUCAGCUCACCGUCUUACCGCUGAUGCGUUAAUAAGCAAGGAUGUAUCUAACACAGCAGAUAUUCUUAUUCCGGUUCAGGUUUUGGUAUCUGACAAGUACAAAGGAUUUUUCCUUGUUCCGGCGGAUGACGCAUGGAAUUACAACUUUAUGGGAGCAAAGCAUUCCCUGCAUAUGCAGUAUCAACUACAGGUCGAGGUUCCACGACCAUUUUACGACCCAGUACAUCGGCCUUUACAUUUCAUCCAAUUCGCUCAGGCUAACGAAGUGAGGGACAGUGAGCUGGAGGCCCCCCUAUAG